ACCUGUAGCUAUUGCUUUCAGACGACGUCGAGGUGGUAUAAAAUGGCUCCCACCAAGAAAGAGAGAAAGACCCGUUCCGCGCUCCACGAUGUUGUAACUCGAGAGUACACCGUGCACCUGCACAAGCGAGUUCACGGUACCGCUUUCAAGAGGAGGGCACCCAAGGCUAUCAAGGCCAUCACUGAGUUUGCUCAAAAAUCCAUGGGAGUCAAGGAUGUUCGAAUCUCCCCAGGUCUCAACCAAGCCAUCUGGUCCCGUGGUAUCAAGUCUCCUCCCCGUCGAGUUCGAGUCAGACUCGACAGGAAGAGAAACGAUGACGAGGGUGCGAAAGAGAAGCUUUACGUUUUGGCUAGCGUAGUCGAGGGCGUGACCAACUUCAAGGGUCUCGAGACUGUCGUCGUCGAGGCUGAGGAGUAGAGGGAUUUCGACUUGUACGACUUGUACAACCAGUGACAUGCUAUUGGUUUGCAUUCAAAA